AUGGUAACUGUAAUGGUAACAGUAACGGUAACAGUAACGGUAACAGUAACGGUAACAGUAACGGUAACAGUAACGGUAACAGUAACGGUAACAGUAACGGUAACAGUAACGGUAACGGUAACAGUAACGGUAACAGUAACGGUAACAGUAACGGUAACAGUAACGGUAACAGUAACGGUAACAGUAACGGUAACAGUAACGGUAACAGUAACGGUAACAGUAACGGUAACAGUAACGGUAACAGUAACGGUAACAGUAACGGUAACAGUAACGGUAACAGUAACGGUAACAGUAACGGUAACAGUAACGGUAACAGUAACGGUAACAGUAACGGUAACAGUAACGGUAACAGUAACGGUAACAGUAACGGUAACAGUAACGGUAACAGUAACGGUAACAGUAACGGUAACAGUAACGGUAACAGUAACGGUAACAGUAACGGUAACAGUAACGGUAACAUUAACAGUAACAGUAACGGUAACAGUAACGGUAACAGUAACGGUAACAGUAACGGUAACAGUAACGGUAACAGUAAUGGUAACAGUAACGGUAACAGUAACGGUAACAGUAACGUAA